UUUUUAAUACUUAUCAGUCGUGUAAAAUGCAUAAUUCGGCUAAUUAUGAAAAUAGGUAAAAAAAUUUCCCAUAUAUUAUCAUUUUCACGAAUGGUUUUUCGCAAAGUAUAGUUAAAUCGUCACCAUGAGAACGUUAGUUGCUUGUGCAAUAUUUUCAGUUUUAAUUUGUCAAGCCUGGUCAGCUUUUAAUUGUUUCGACUGCACGGGCGGCCCGGACACGAACUGUGGAUAUAUCUUAAGCAGGGACAUGGUAGAUACCUGCUCAACCCAAUGUUACGAGGCCUACAUAUUGUACCAAAAUGGGGCUCUUCCCUUGGUGCAACGAAGGUGCUGGACAAAGCCUAAGGGUACGACUGCUACAAAUUUCUGUCAAUGGUUCAACAGUUCACAGAUAGCCCAAAAUUCAAACGCCAAGUUGAUUACCUGCUCCACGUGCAAUUCUGAUAGAUGCAACGGUAACAAGAAUCUGGUAACAAGAACGACAGUUAAACCUAUACCAGGCGGUUGCAGUAAAUAAUUUUUGUGCAUGCAUUAUUAUAUGAUAAAUAUAACGAAAUAUGAUGAGAUUUUUUUGUUUAUUCCUACCCAUUCGA